GCGAGGGGGUGGAAGCCUCCCUUGGUGACUGCUGUGGGGAGUGGGAGGCUGGAUCCCCAGGCCAGGGGGUCUCAGGUUUAGGAAAUGGAGGCAGGCUAAGCCGGCUGCAGAGGAGGUGCAGGGCACGAGGCUCUGGAGAGUGGUGUGCACGAGGAGAUUCGGGGUGGGGUGGGGGGUUGGUGGCCAUUCUGCACACACAUUCCCCCGUCCAUGAGUGAGCUGCACCUGCCAGAGCUCCGCCUGAAGGAAAACUGCUAAAUGCACAGGAAUACCUUCCUCCCCUCUGCACUCUGGGAGACGGAGAGAUCCGAAGGGAGAAUAACUGUGGAUUGGGAGGUGUGAGCUGUUGAAGCCUCUAUUGGUGUAUGUGCGGUAACAACAUGUCUGUCCCCCUCCUUGCUGAUGCCGUGACCGUUUCAGGGCCAGAGCGGGAGACUGCAGCGGUCAUUUUUUUACAUGGGCUUGGAGACACAGGGCACAGCUGGGCUGAGGCCCUCUCCUCCAUCCGGCUCCCCUAUGUGAAAUACAUCUGCCCUCAUGCGCCCCGGAUCCCCGUCACCCUCAACAUGAAGAUGGUCAUGCCGUCCUGGUUUGAUUUGAUGGGCCUAAGUCCGGAUGCCCCCGAAGAUGAAACUGGAAUUAAAAAAGCUGCUGAGAACAUUAAAGCAGUAAUUGAGCAUGAGAUAAAGAACGGGAUCCCAGCCAAUCGAAUCAUCCUGGGAGGCUUUUCACAGGGCGGCGCACUCUCCCUCUACACGGCUCUCACGUGCCCGCACCAACUGGCUGGCAUUGUGGCCCUCAGCUGCUGGCUCCCCCUGCACAAGGCCUUCCCUCAGGCGGCAAAUAACAGCAUGAACAAAGACAUCCCCAUCCUGCAGUGCCAUGGGGAGAUGGACCCCAUGAUCCCAGUACGCUUCGGGGCCCUGACUGCCGAGAAGCUGAAAGCCGUCGUGACCCCUUGCAGAGUCCAGUUCAGAACCUAUCCAGGAGUGAUGCACAGCUCCUGCCCUCAGGAGAUGAUGGCCGUGAAAGAAUUCAUCGAGAAGCUGCUCCCCAGGAUUUAAACAGAACUACUCGAGACUGUUGCAGGGAGGGGAGGCAAAGGGCAUGACCGACGACCUUUCACCCUUGACCUGCCAGCUGCAACCGGAAGCCGUGGCAAACCACCUCCACUCCAGCCGGUUUCCUUUCUCUGGCCCUCCCCUCCCUCCUCCACUGUGCCCCUCCUGCCCAAAGUGAGGGGCAGUGCCCCCUCUGCCCUGUGCACAUGGAGGGAAGGUCUGGAGCGGUGCGAAGGUGCGGCUGAGAUCCCCACACGGGCUGCCCUCUUGCCAGUUCGUCGUUGGGUCGUUUGAUUUCCAUCUUUCCCUGCCUCCUCUCCUCCAGCCCCAUUCAAACGCUUACUGUGGCAAAGAACUGAGUGGUCAUCAAAGGCUUAAAUCCAAGGUAUUACGAGGCGGUGUGUGAAUGCUGUUACAAUACUGGCCGGGAGUUUUGGCCACCCCCCCGGCGGGACUGGCAGCCCCACCCUCCCCGCUUCCCUCCUCUGUGGUGUGGGACCUGUCCUCCUCGGGCACUCCCAUCCCAGCCAUCAAGGUUCCUCUCGCCAGUUGUCAGUGCUCAGCUCUUCUCCCGGCUGGGGAGGCAGGGUGAUGAUCCUGCCCCCACCCAGGAGAUAGCGGCGGCACCCAGCCCCCCCCCCCGGUCCCUGAACUCCUGCUCCAAAACCCCAUCGGCACUGCCAAGCAGGGUGGGAUGGGAUGGUUCAGCCGGUGGCCGCAGUCUGCCCUCCCUCCAGCUCCAGGCACUUCCUGUUCAGCACUCACACAGCUCCCAGGUCCUGCUGGAGUUGCCGUGGGUUGGAGCGCUGGGGUGGCCGAGGGGCCCUCGCCACACUAGGAGUCAUUCCCAGUGUUGCUUUUCCCAAACAAAACAAGCAGACGUGUUCCUUCCUGUCCCAUCCGUCUCUGCUAGGGUCCGUUCUCUUCUACGGCUACCCCAGCGGUGAAGGAUGCUGAGAGGGCUCUUGGUAGCCUCCGGGGCUUUACGGUCCUUGGGCACUCCUGCGGACAGGCCAGCAUUUUGGGGACUGGGCCGGCUGCCUGUGCCCGUCUGGAGCCCAAGGGGGCGGCUUGGGCCACCUUCCGCUCCAUAUCAGCGCCGGCUUCUUGUGUGGGGGUGCCGCCUGCCCCUUAGCCCUCCCCCGAAUUGUCAUGGGGGCUGCUGAGCCCGGCACACCCCUCCGAGCCCUGGCGGCUGGCCCCUUGGCCAUGCUGUUGCCUGCGUCUUGGCCCCGUGUUGGUUCUGGGGUCCCUCCCUGUCGACAGGGGCCAGGGUUUCCUCCUCCUUUUCAGCAGGGGGCUGUGCUGUUGAGCGGCAAAAGGUUCUCCCUACCCCCACCCUCAAACCCCCCUCCCAUGUGGACUGACACCCAAAUGGCCAGCUGGGGACAGGCUGUCUUUUCUAAAGGAGCUUUUUCAUUCUCUCUCUCUCUCUCAUAUUUUCUUUUCCAGCGAAGGGCUAUUCUUGCCUCCCAUGUUGUCCUCGUGUCUUGCUUUUUGAUGUGUGGCCUCUUGUCUGCUCCCCCCCCCAUACCAUAGAGGCCUCUGUGGUUGUCACAGCUGCGAAAGGAAUGCUGGGACCCUGUGGGGCAGGACAUCCCUCCUCCCGACCCCUCUCCCAGCGCUUGACCAGGCUUUUUGGGAAGGGCGAUAACCAAGCGGGGUAUGACCAUCUCCCCCAUGGGCCAGGGGUGCCCUCCCCUCUCCCCCAAUGCGCUUCAGCCCUUUCGGACCAUGCAGCACACCCUGGAAUCCCCAGAGAGCCUCCUUUCCUGCUGCUUGAGUGGUUAUGGCAGCAGCUGGCCUCACUCCCCCCCCACAAAGCCUGCUUCUCCUUGCUGAACUUGGAGGCCGCCGGGAUCAUGGGGGGCGGGAGGCGAGCUCUAGCUUCAGUGGCUAUCCAUGCCUUCCCUGCGAGAUGCCAGUCUCCGGCUUAGAGCUGGCAAGGGUCUGAGUCUGCAAUGCUUCCUUUCUUGGCGGCCACCCUCUUGUGCGUCCUGCCGGCUGAAAGGCCCGGAAGAGGCCGGGGCACUCCGCGCAGCCUCUCUCUCGAUGUCACGAUAAGCAAUAAUCUCAUAGCCAUACACGGAGUCGUGUUCGGCCUUUUAAAGGAUCGGCAUACAACUGCCGCUUGCCUCCCGCCACCCCCGGAGGAUGCUCCUCUUUCUCCAGAACAGAGAGGAGGCUGUUCCACUCCAGGGCGGUGCCGCUUUUGAACGUCGCCCCCCACCCCCACUGGAAAACAGUGCCCUGGCGGUGAAAUCUAGUGCAGCAGGCCCUCUGCUAGUUGUCUCCCUGGAAGGAGGACUGCUGUGCUUGUGUGUGUGUGAUGCAUGCAUUGAUGUGCUGCUCCCCCACUUGCACCAGGAAGUGGUGUGGUUCACCACUACCACCACACUUCCUCCUUUCUGCUGAAGGCAUCGACCAAGCCUCAGCUUGCUUCUCCAAACAGGCUGGCUGCAGCUCUCUCCAACUUGGAUUGUGCUUGCCUAGCAAUUGCCCAGAUCAGCGCCUUAGCCGCCCCUGCUGCUGUUGCCACCGCCAUUUUGGCUGGGCUCAAAGCAAAGUGGGGCACGGCCCAUAGGUAUCUCUAGAGUGGCAUGGUGCGGAUGUGUUAAGGAUGUGGCCCAAGGAAGGUGGCUGCUUCUCUCUCUCCUUGCGUAGGACUCUUCAGUUUCUUUCGCACGCUCUCUCUCUCUCUGCCCUUCCCUUCUUGUCUUCCUUGUACAUCGGUUUUAUUUUUUGUGUUCCACUGACUCAGUUAUAAGAUUAAACAAACACAACCA